GGGCAGAAGACACACGUAAAAGACUCGAUUGUGACUCCAGUUUGUUUUAUGAUCAUUUCUGUAUUAAUUGAGCUUUACUCACUAACGGUGUGGAGUAGGUAUAAAUUUUCAUUUGAUAAUUUUGCAGUUUUAAUCAGUCCCUCGAAGGAUUACGAUGAGCAUUUGAACGCAUCUUUUUUUUUUUUUUUGCCAACCGAGGGGAAGAGAAGAGGACGGAGGCGAAAGCAUUUCCUUCAAUUUUGCAUCCGUGUGAAGAUUGAUUGGGGGAAAAAAACAAUUGCAGUGGGCCGAAUUGGUGAUUGAGAGACGACGCCAUUGACAGGGGACGCGACGGCGAACUUUUAAUUGCGGAUUUUGAACCCGGCCGAAGUUUGACACAAUCCCCCUCCCCUCACCCUUCCAGGAUCCAUCCAUGACACCACGGUGUCAUGAGGGAACACUUUCCCACGGAAAAUAAAGAUACAACCGUCUCGGAGUGCUAAUAGAAACACUCCCCAAAAAGAAUAUAACGGAUUCUGGUUGGAUGCUUCACCAAGCCCGAAGAGACAAGUGUUCUUUUUAUUACACUAAAACGGCGUUAUGAACAUGUUAUUCGGCUGAAAAAAAAAAGUUGGACAACAGCAAGGGAAGCCCAAUGAGCGGGACACAGACAACGCUCACCGAUAGGACCCCAAGCAUUCUCAACAAGGAGCCUCCAGAGAGGAAGCCAAAGAACGACAAAUGCUCCGUUUCACUCAAGCACGAGUUUGACCCCACCGGCCUCGUCCAGCGCUGCGUGAUCAUCCAGAGGGAUGAAAAUGGCUUUGGGCUGACAGUGAGCGGAGACAACCCUGUGUUUGUGCAGCUGGUCAAGGAAGAUGGAGCCGCAAUGCGCGCGGGGGUCCAAACUGGCGAUAGAAUCAUUAAGGUUAAUGGGACCUUAGUGACACAUUCAAAUCACACGGAGGUUGUAAAGCUGAUCAAAUCCGGGUCCUACGUAGCACUUACAGUGCUGGGCAGACCUCCGGGUCUUCCGCAGAUCCAGCUGGAGGAAGACGACGAAGACACGCUGGAUGAGGAAGAAGAGAGCGGCAGCGACCAGUCGGUGCAAAAUUCACCGAGCGGGGAGCGACACGGCAGCGCAACCUGUAGCCCCGAGGCGCCCCCGCCGCACUCCUCCCUGCCCGAUGGGGAUGGAUCCAUAGACUCCGGGAACACCGAAACGGAAGAGGGUGACACAAGUGUGCCAUCGCCGGGCGACGACAUUAGCGACAGAGUAGAUAGCAACAGCGCUUCGGACAGCGGCAGCCAGUACAUGGCGGGCAGCCCGCCCUACCUCCCCCACCCGCAGAUCAUCGGCGCGGAAGACGACUACUUUGAUUCGCAUCAGGAGCAGAUGAACGGGCAGUGCGGCUGCUUCCAGAGCAUCGAGUCGCUCAAGUGUCGGCCCGCCCACCUCGCCGUCUUCCUGCAUCACGUCGUUUCGCAGUUUGACCCCGCCCCCCUGCUGUGUUUCUUGUACGCCGACAUCCACAAGCAAACCAAUUCCAAAGAAAGCCGGCGCUUCUUCAUGGAAUUUCACUCGCUCUUUGUGGAUCGAACAGCGAAUCUGAAAGUCCCGGUGCCAGAUGCUGUCGCAGCUGAACUUGACAAGCGCAGGCUGGAGUUAAUCCCGGAGGAGGUGUGCAAGCAGUGCACGCAAACCUUGCAGGACUCGCUGAUGCCGGACCUGCACAAAAACCUGUUUUGCGAAGACCCGCUGGCCUGGGAGAGGCAAUGCUCGUGCGCCGAACAUAUUCUCGCCAAGAUCGAGGACGUCCUGUUAACAUCUCAACCCUCCGAGGAGGAAAAAUGCCAAACUAUGCAGUACGUCAUCCUCACGUACAUGAAGCACCUCGGCGUCAAAGUCAAGGAGCCUCGAGGCCUGGAACAGAAACGAGCGCGAAUCAACUUCCUACCCAAGAUUAAGAAGACCAUCAAGCCCGACAAGGAAGGUGAGGAGAAGGCGAAAAAGCCUCGUUUUCCCAACAUCCUGGUACCACCGCGCCGUUUGAGCCGAGUGGACUCCACCUCAGCGGGCAAGGCGGCGGAGGUGAACAAGCAGCGUUCCCCGAAGCUCCUCCCCCAAGCGGCUUUUGCCGCCCCCGAGCCGCCCGACUCGUCGCCUUCAAAUUCCGGAAGGACCCGCGGGAAUCACCUCGGCGACGGUUCGGACGUUUCGAGCGCCUCGUCCGUGCACGGCUCGCCCACCGCCGCGAUAUCGGACGCCAGCGGCCACGACUCGGACAGCAACGUCUCUCCGUUCUGCAUCCAGCCCCGAGUCGGCGAGGUUUCGAUAUGUGGCGAGCACCAAGAUGGCGUUUGCGGCCCCACCAGUACGCAAUUUGACUUCAGUCCUUCCAACCUGGAGCACUUACAUGAAGAGGCAGACCACGAUGCCUUCAGGAUGGAGGUGACGUGCGCGGCGGACGUGGCGAGCGAGGACGAGCAAGCGUGCGAGGCCGCGGGCGAGGACGAUCCGCUCAACUGGCAGAGCCUGGUGAGCCGCGAGGUUGUGGCCGCGCUGGCGCCGCAGGAAAUCAAGAGGCAAGAAGUCAUCAACGAGCUGUUCUACACGGAGCGGGCCCACUUGCGCAUGCUGAAGGUGUUGGACGGCGUGUUCUGCCAGCGGCUGAGCAGGGACGCCAUCUUGCCGCCGGACGAUGUCAAGAGCAUCUUCACCAACCUGGACGACAUCAUUCAGCUGCACGUUUCCUUCAGCGAGCAAAUGGCGGCCAUCAGGAAGAGGAGCGAGACGUCCGUCAUCGGUCACAUCGGCGACGAUCUCUUGGCUUGGUUCGGCGGUGAGGAAGAGGAGAAGAUAAGACGCGCGGUGGCCACGUUCUGCAGCAACCAACCGUCCGCGCUGGAGCUCAUCAAGAGCAGGAAGAAGAAGGACCCGAGGUUCACCUUGUUCAUGCAGGCGGCCGAGAGCAACCGGCUGUGCCGGCGGCUGCAGCUGAAGGACAUCAUUCCCGUGGAAAUGCAGCGAGCCACCAAGUACCCGCUUCUCUUGGACAAGAUUGCCAAGUACACGGAGGAUGAGGAGGAGGCGGAGAAGGUGAAGAAAGCCGGCGAAUGCUGCCGGCACAUCCUCAACCGCGUCAACCAGGCGGUCAAAGAGGCUGAGAACAAGCAGAGGCUGGAGGACUAUCAGAGAAGGUUGGACAUCUCGUCGCUGAAGCCCAACGAGAACCCGCUCGUGGCCGAGCUGCGGAAUCUGGACCUGACCAAGAGGAAGAUGCUCCACGAGGGACCGCUCUCCUGGAAAGUCAACAAAGACAAAAGAAUUGAUCUGUACACGCUCCUCCUGGAGGACAUCCUGGUGCUCCUUCAGAAGCAGGACGAGCGCCUGCUGCUCAAGUUCCACAGCAAGAACGCGGCCGGCGCCGUCGACGCCAAGCUCAGCUUCAGCCCCGUCGUCAAACUCGGCACCGUACUCGUCAGACCCGUCGCCACCAACAAAAAGUCCUUCUUCGUGCUGUCCAUGUCGGACAACGGGGCGCAGAUCUACGAGCUGACGGCUCAGACCGUGGCGGAGCAGAGGACGUGGCAGUGCCUCAUCACGCAGUGCGCCGAAUCCAUGAAGGCAAAUUCGCACGGCGGCCACGCGCCCACCACGCCCACUCAAGGUGAGCAGGAAGCCAUGGAGAUCAUCAGCCGUGAGAUGGACAAGCCCGGCAAAGGCGGCGGCGCCACGUCAGAGUCAUCUGACAUGCCGGACGGCGCCGCGACAAACCCCUUCGACGUCAUCAAGUCGGAGGACGAGGAGGAGGCCGAGGAGGGAGCGCCGUCGGCGGACGGCGGGCCGGGAGACGAGCGAGAGGAAGACGAGGGCGAGGUGGACGAGGAAGAGCUGGAGGCCUUCCUGGACGCUCAGCUGGAGGACGAGGACGAGGAGGAGGCGCGAGCUUCGUCCUCCUCUCUGGGCUCUCCGUCCUCGUCCUCCAAAGCCGAAGAAGCUCUGGGGACGCUGGUGCUGCUGAAGCAGCUCCUCUUCAAGCACAUGACGGGCGGCCCCGAGGAGAAGAUGACGACGACGCCCCCGCGUCCGCCCGCCCCCUCAGCCGCCGCCCCCCACAGCUUCCCGAAAGACGACGACGCCCAGACGGAACGAAACGGCGCAGUCGAUGCGGGCGGCGGUUGCGAGGGCGACGACGCGUCGGCGGACGCCGUGGACAUGAGCAAACUUCUGUCGUCGGAGAACGGCGGCCGACCAAACCUCAGCCGUCGGCUGAUGACGCACCUGCGCCUCCUGCAGGCUGACCUGCAGUACCUCAAGGAAGUGGAGCUCAAGUACAAGGAGCUACUCGGGACGUCGGCCGACUCUGACAACGAUGGUGUGCACUGAAGACAACUUUGUCGUUUUCCGGGCAUCCUUUUUGGAUCCUUAACGGCGCCCAUUUUUGUCUCGCACUGCUGUCAAGCCGCUGAACACGAAAGUGAGCCGACCAAAUUUUCCACUGCGUUCUCGUGGACGGGACUUCUUGCGAAACGCUUCUCUGGCUUUCAGUGCAUUAUGACAAAAAAGCAAACAUUCACAAGACUGCACAUGAGAAUUUGUAGCCCCCCCCCAACCCCUCUUCCACCCCAUUUAGACCAAGUAUGAUGUAUUUUUUUGUUUGUUUUUUUUUUAAUCGUGGAAAUCUUUAAACCAGAUUGCUGUGAAGUCUUACUUGUAAAAUUAACUUAUGCUGAAAAUGGGUUUCUAUCUUGUAUUCAUGUCGUAACACGCAAAAGAUGCUAAUGUAUUCGCACGAUAUUAAUCAUCUUUUAGUUCAUUUUUAAUUAUGUGAUAUUUAUUUUUGUGUCCAUGUGCAAUGUGCAUCGGCUCCUGUUCAAUAAAAAAAAAUGCGCACA